AUGCCUAGGGCGCUGUCUCAACUAGCGCUGCCUCAACUCGCGCUGCCUCAACCAGCGCUGCCUCAACUCGCGCUGUCUCAACUCACGCUGCCUCAACUAGCACUGUCCCAACUAGCGCUGCCUCAACUCGCGCUGUCUCAACUAGUGCUGCCUCUACUAGCGCUGCCUCAACUCGCGCUGCCUCAACCAGCGCUGCCUCAACUCGCGCUGUCUCAACUCACGCUGCCUCAACUCGCGCUGCCUCAACUCGCGCUGUCUCAACUCGCGCUGUCUCAACUCGCGCUGUCUCUACUAGCGCUGUCUCAACUCGCGCUGUCUCAACUAGCGCUGUCUCAACUCACGCUGUCUCAACUCGCGCUGUCUCAACUCACGCUGCCUCAACUAGCGCUGCCUCAACUCGCGCUGUCUCAACUCGCUCUGUCUCAACCAGCGCUGUCUCAACUCGCGCUGCCUGAACUCGCGCUGUCUCAACUCGCGCUGCCUCAAAUAUCACUGUCUCAACUCGUUAUCAACAUGAUAGCUAGCCCUAUUAUAUGA